AUGUUGAAAAGGAUACCAAUUAACAAUAAUUAUUACAAUAAAAAGGCACUCGACUGUUUGUCGGUUGCUAAUGCGAUUAAGAGCACAGCUAUAAAAGCAAAGAAAACUCUAAAUAUUCAACCUAAAGUUACUGUUAUCUUACCGACAAACGCGGCAGGAAAAGCAAGAGUAGAUAGCGCUAAUUACGUGGCUAAAAAACGUAAAAUUUUCGAACAACUUGAUAUUCCUAUGCAACUAAUAAAAAUUUCACCUCAAUAUAAUGAAAAUCAAAUUAAAGAACUUAUUAAAGGUUUAAGUAAUGAUCCUAGUAAUACUGGUAUCAUUGUACAAUUACCUUUCUCAUCUGGUUUUUCUGUUAAUAAAAAUAAUAUUUUAAACGCAAUCCCUAUUCAUAAAGAUAUUGAUGGAUUAACUAAAGGUUCUAUAAGUAAUUUGUUUGAUUUGGAUAAAGGCCUAAAACCUGCUACUCCUCUUGGAAUUUGUAGUAUUUUUGAUUAUUAUAAUAUUACAACUGAGGGUAAACACAUCGUAAUUAUGGGAAAAGGUCAACUUGUAGGACAACCACUUUCAUGUAUGUUAAUGGCUCCACCAUAUAAUGCUACAGUAACAACCUGUGAUAUGUACACUGAAAAUAUAAAACAAAUUACUAAAUGUGCUGACAUUUUAAUUGUUGCCAUUGGUAAAGCACUUCAUGUUAAUGAUGAUUUAGUUAAGCCAGGUGCUAUAGUAAUUGAUGUAGGUAUUAACAGAUUACCACCAAACUUUGUUAAUGGAAAUUCAAGUAUUGUAGGUGAUGUUCAUCCUUCAGUAUAUGAAAAAUGUGAAUAUUAUACACCAGUACCAAAAGGAGUUGGUUUGCUUACUGUUGCUUCCUUAGCUUUUAAUGCUGUUAAUGCGAGCAUUUUACAACAAGAAUUACCACCUUUGAAUUUAUCUCAGAUAAUAAGACAAAACUAUUCGGUUGAGAGGGUUGAAAAAAUUAAUAUGACUAGUCAAAAACAUUCUGAUAAAAUAUUUAAAAAUGAAAAUAUAAAAAAGUUAAACCUUUUAUUAUUUUCUUCUGCUUAUAAUGGUAUGACUCAACGAAUAGAAAAUGAAUUACUUCGCCUUGGACACACAGUAACGUUCCAAACUGCAGAUUCAGAUGACGCGAUGCGUUCUGCUUUUGCGCUACAUAAACCUGAUCUAAUUAUUUGCCCAACACUUAUGAAAGCCAUACCUGAAGAUAUUUAUACGAAAGUAAAGUGUCUUAUUGUUCAUCCUGGAAUUAAGGGUGAUAAAGGCCCUUCUUCGUUAGACUGGGCUAUUAUUGAUAAAAAAGAUGAGUGGGGUGUUACUAUCCUUGAGGCUGAUAAGGAAAUGGAUGCAGGUGCUAUUUGGGCAAGCGAAAACUUUUUAGUUCCAAAAGCUAUUACUAAAACUCAUUUAUAUAAUUCUCAUGUUAUUAAUAAGGCUUCUAAAUUGAUACUUGAGUGUAUUGAAAAGUUUCAAUUGAACAAUUUUAAACCUGAACAAUUAAAUUAUGCUAAUGCUUCAGUGAAAGGUCGACUUCAUGAAACUAUUAAACAAUCACAUUCUAAUAGGAAAAUAAAUUGGGAAACGGAUACUACUGAAAUUAUUUUAAGAAAAAUACGUGCGGCUGAUAGUCAACCCGGUGUUAAAGCUGAAAUUGAUCUUAAUAAUAAAAAAAUCACGAGAUUUUUAUAUGAUGCUCACAAUGAAAAAACAAUUAAUAAAGAUUUAAUGGCUUAUCCUGGAAAAGUUCUUGCUAAACAAGAUGAUGCUAUUUGUAUUGCAACCAAAGAUGGUGCAUUUUGGGUCUCUCAAUUACGUUCUCCAAAGACACAAACGGAUCCUUAUCCGUUCAAGUUACCAGCUACUAUACAAUUAGGUGAACUAUCCGAAAAUACCCCUAUAAUUAAUCCUAAUCAGACUCUUACAACACCGACUCUUGAUACUUUCCAAGAGAUAAGUUUUGAAUCAUUCGGUUCCUAUGGAGUUUUACAUUUUAACUUUUAUAAUGGAGCUAUGAGUACUUCACAAUGUGAAAGGCUUUUAAAAGCCAUUAAACAAUGUCAAAAGAUGCCUAUUAAAGGAUUAAUCCUUGCAGGUGGUGAGAAUAUUUGGUCGAAUGGUAUUAACCUGAACGUUAUUCAACAUGCUGCUAAUCCAAGCAUAGAGGCGUGGAAAAAUAUUAAAGCAAUAAAUGAAGUGGUUAAAGAAAUUAUUAAACUUACAAAUAUUAUAACAGUAUCGGCAGUACAAGCUAACGCUGGCGCAGGUGGUGUUUACUUGGCUCUCGCGACUGAUUUUUCAUUCGUUAAACCAGGUGUUGUUUUAAAUCCUCAUUACAAAAAUAUGGGGUUAUAUGGUUCAGAAUUACACACUUAUACAGCUACUAAACGCAUAGACACAUUUAUAUUAAAACAAAUUAAAGAGAAUGCCAAGCCAAUUAUUGCUGUUGAAGCAAUUGAAAUUGGUCUAUUUGAUAACUUGAUACAACAGGGGCAGGUUAACCCUGAACAAAGUUUUUUAGAUAGCGUUAAAAAAUUCAUGAACAUUGCCACAGCUGACACCACAAAAUUUACGAAAUUUAUUGAAAAUAAACAAGAUAUUCGUAUGCGUGAUGAAUCAGCAAAAUCGUUGGACGAAUAUGAAAAACAUGAAUUAGAAGAGAUGCACAAAGACUUUUUUGAAAAUCGUAAUAACUUUCAUGAAAAAAGACAGUCAUUCAUUACUAAAUCUCCUCUUUUGCUAACUAAUAAAUAA